AUGAACUAAUCAGGUUGGUUUUCACUUGAAGAUAUAGAAAUGCAACAUUAAAUAGAUGCAGCUAAUCCUCCAAUUAUUCGUGAGAGAAAAUUACCUGAAAAAUUAGAUAUGGAUUCUAUUCUCUCACAAUAUUAAUCAAUUGAAUUAAAUCCAAAUUUGAUUAAAUACAUAGUUAAUGAGUCUAAUACAAAUGAACAACCUUAAUCCAUUAAUCUUAAAUCUAAGAUAAAGCUGAGAUGUGAAGAAAGAGAUUUAGAAGGUAAUCUUGUAAAUAAGGGUACUAAUAAUAUAUAAGCAACUAAAAUUUCUAUGGCAUCUACUAUUCCAUAUAUUUAAGGUUUAAAAUCUGCUUUUCUUUCAAUGAAGGAAGGAGAUAUUGCUUGGUUUAAGUUAUCUAAUGAAUAAAUGUAUACUGAAUAAGAAAUUGCUAGUGGAAUCACAGUUCAAAAUUUAUAAAAAUACUUCAAAAUUGAAAUCUUAGAAGUUACUCAACCAGAAAUACCAUUAGAUUUAAAAAAUUUAGAUAAGUAAUUAAUUCUAACAUAUUUUUAGUCGUCUUAAAUAAAUGGAACUAUUUAAAAUUGAAGGCAAUUAAUUCUAUCAAAAAUAAUAAUAUUAAAGUGCUUUAUUAAGAUACCAAAGAGGAUUAAACUUUCUUGAAAAAUGGCCCAAAAAAUAUGAAGAUAAUCCUGUUGCUAUAGAAGCCAAAAGAAACUCUUUAUUAGUAUUAUCUAGUAAUAAGGCAUAAUGUUUAAUAAAGUUAUAAGAUUUUAAAUAGGCCAUUUCUGUUCUUGAACCUAUAAUUGGCUAAAUGAGAAACAAAGUAUUUAUUUUAGUUCAAUUUUAUUAUUAGCAAUAUGAAGUUAAAAAUUAUUAUAGAUUAAUAACCUGUCUAAAAGAAAUAGAUGAAUAAGUUAAGGCAGAUUUCUAUUUUAGAUAAGUUUCCCAUAUGUGCUAACUAUCACCAGAAGAGAAAAAGCUUUUUUAAUCUAUUAAAAUUAAAAAAUGA